CGGAAAUGAGCCUGAGCUGUAGAAGAUGCAUGAUGUCCUUGCCUGUUCGAUUUCGGCUACCAAGUAUUAAAAACUGAACAUUUUUUGUUAGUGGUCUUUUUUUUUCCUCUUAUUUCCGGGUCGACGUAUAAAAGUGCAUCAUGCCUCUUCAUAAAUACCCACCCAAAAUCUGGGAUGCUCUGAAACUGAAGCAGGGCAUCUACGCUCGCCUCCCCAAACACUACCUCAAGUCCCUUGAGCAGAAAGAACCCACCCCUGUCCACUGGAGGCCUCUGGGAGUCCAGUAUCGAGCUAACCCAAAGACUGGGCAGAAGGAACGGGUGCAGGAUGUCCCGAUCCCCAUCUUCUACCCCCCACCUUCACAGGACGGUCUGUGGGGAGGAGAGGGCUGGAUAUCAGGCUUCAUAUACGCCAACAAUGAUAAAUUGUCGACUCGUCUGAGAAAAACCUGGAAGCCGCAGCUGUUCAAGAGGGAGUUGUAUAGUGAGAUCCUCAACCACACGUUCACCAUCACCGUCACAGGACGCACUCUGGACCUCAUCGAUGCUGCCUAUGGAUUCGACUUUUAUAUCCUCAAAACAUCAAAGGAAGACCUGAACUCAAAGCUGGGGAUGAACCUGAAGAGGGCGAUGCUGCUGCGUCUGGCACGCAGAGACAAAGAGCUUUACCCUGAUGACCCUGUGAAGAGAGAAGAGGUUUAUAACAAAUACAAGCAGUUUGAGAUCCCAGAGGAGGAGGCUGAGUGGGUGGGUCUGAGUCUGGAGGAAGCUGUGGAGAAACAGAGGCAGCUCGAGCACAAGGAGCCAGAGCCUCUCUUCAAAGCCUGUGUGGAUAAAUUGGUGGAGGAGCUGAAAAUCCAGAAACUCUCAGAACCACACCUCAUAGAGAAGAACUGAAGAUCUGAAGUGUUUCUGCAGGACCAGAGGAAACCUUUCAGACUGAAAAAUGAGUAGGUUGAACUGUCAGACUUAUCCACAAUUUGGUGUGGGUCACAUUUUCAGUUUGGUUGAACACCUGGGAGAAUUUUCUGCCGUUUGAAUCAUAUUUCCAUUGGGGAACAACACAGGGUUGGAAGUGAUGACAAAUGAAGAGGUUCUGUUGAAGAGGAGCUUAUUUAUUUCCCCAGAAUUUAAGAUCCAUACAUCAAACAUUAGAGAAACUUAAGGAGGUGUGUAGAUACUCCACGACCAGCUGUGACAUCAGGAUCUUGUACAGAAUAUAAAAUAAAUUAAAUGUAUCUUUAUUUCUUAAA